AUGAAUACCUACUGUCUUAAUCGUACAAGAUUGCGGUGCCUUGAUAGAUCUAGGCACUUGGCGAAUUGUCUGAUUGUGAUUGUGGUUGGUCUGAUGUUGAAAACUUGCUGUACAGCUACAGAUACCCGGCUGACCCAUCAAGAAGUAGUUGCACUUCUCAAGGAGAUUUUUAAGUACCACCCUUUGGAAACGCUUGAUAGAAAAAGUAUGCGCCCGCUUUCAGAUACAGAUAUUGUUGUUUAUGACCAGAAAUUGUACUCUGUGAAUACGCCCACUAAAUAUCUUGACGCCUCAAAACUGAACUUGGUUGA